GUGCUGGUAGGUUGUGUUGCUCUUUGUGCGCCCGACGAUGUCUGAGAUGCCGGAGAUUUGGACGCUCAAGAAGACACGAGUUCUUGUUCCUCAGUAAAAGAUUUCAGUUUUAACGAGCAUACCACUUGAGAAACGUUAUUUAUUUGUGAAUUUUUUAAGGACAACUUGAUCCUAAAAAGUUUCAUUUUCGUGUUGGAUACUUUUACUGUUUUUGUCUUCAUUUCUUCCGAAAGUGUUACCCAUUACAAAACAUUGUACGCGUGUCCAGAAAUUAUGGUUUAGUUUAAUGUAUGACCUCGAAAAAACUUUUUGUAUGUACUGUAUGAGGAAAAAGUGAUUAUUUGAAUCUGGGAUUCUCAGUUAAAAAAAUAUUUAUUAAGCUCCGCCGACAUUCGUGGUUAGUUUAACUGACUUCCUUUCCUCUCUGGAUUCACUGUACUGAGGCGAGCGGCGGCCCAGCAGCCUGCGUCCUGGGGAGCCUCCGCCCCCCUCCGUGGGCCCUUACCCCACCUCUCCCCCUCGCUACUGUCCCUUCAAAGUAAUCUUUUCUUUAACAAGCUGCUUUUUUUCGUUAUUUUGGCAUUCUCCAAUUUUCCCUGCCCAAUUAAAGAAGAAAAAGGAAAGACGUGGACCUGCUCUCAAUUUUGGCAAUUCAAAUCCAUUUUCCCUCCGCAUUGGAUUUAUGUGAAAAAAGGGGAAAGCUGACUGCUAAAUUUUCCGACUUUUGAUUGUGACAUAUCCUCAUCUUUUCAACCUUGCACUUCUCUCUGUUGUUCUUACUAUUCCUUCAGUUUCACCUUCCUUACUCCCCUUUUCCCCUCACCCUUCCCUCCCCCAAGCGAGAAGCAGCAUCCCGUAAGGUUAGCUUUGAUCCCCAGCGUUUGAUCUCGCAGGUCUCAUCACAAUGGCCGGUUAUCUGCCUCCUGCCUCUGCCUCUGGCGGCUCAUCUCCUCAAAAGCUCCCUCAAAAUACCGCCUUGUCUUCAAAACCGGAGGGAUACAUGCGAGAACAUUCCUCUUCUGAUACCGCCGUGUCUCGGGAACAAGAGGGAUACAUGCGAGAACAUUCCUCUUCUGAUACCGCCGUGUCUCGGGAACAAGAGGGAUACAUGCGAGAACAUUCCUCUUCUAAUACCGCCGUGUCUCGGGAACAAGAGGAAUACAUGCGAGAACAUACCUCUUCUAAAACUGUACAUUCGUCUUAUCAUCAUUCCUCCAUAUUUUCCUCCUCUCGAUUGGUUACUUCGCCCCCUUGCCUGUUCUCCUCGAAUUCUCCAGCACGUAUCCCCAAUCACACUCUAACGAAUCAAUCAAAAAUUUCGUACGUUUUUCUUAUUAACGAUUUCAAUGCUGAAAAUUCUGCAACCAAGAUACCGCAAAUUUUCGACUCGAAAGAUGGCGAAACGGUGGGCAUCUCUGCGCCCGCGUGCAGAGAACUCUCUUACAAAUUUACAAAUCAAUCGAAAAACAAUAAUGCAAUGAACAAUUCUACACAGAAUUCCUCUGAAAACAAGGAAGAUAAGAGCUACGCAAUGUUAGCUUCUAGAAGAGUAACUUCGCCUGAAAACCAGACCUGUGUAUCUCGCCCCAACUUGUGUAUGAAUCUAAACGAAGCAGAAUCUCACGUCACCGACACAACAAAUGCAGUGAGCGUCACUUCUUCUUCACGUCACAGGAAAAUAACGCACUGCACCGACCACACGUCUCCCUGGGUCACGAUGACACACUUCCUCGUGAGCUGCCUCGUCCUGCUCUCCUCCUUCAUCCCCGUCGUGUUGAGCAUCACGUCGCUACGAGGAUCAUGGAUGAACCUGGGCAUGCAGGGGCAGGAGGUAUGGCUCAACCCUCAGAUAUACCUGAUCGGGGCACAGCCGCUCUGUACCCAGAUACCUGGCCUCUCUGCCGGCCAGAAGAAGCUAUGCCAGCUCUACCAGGACCACAUGGGCACGGUGGGGCGCGGCGCUAAGACAGGCAUCCACGAGUGUCAGUGGCAGUUCAGGCACCGCCGCUGGAACUGCUCAACCGUCGACGACUCUACUGUCUUCGGCCCCGUGCUGCAGAUACGUGAGUGGCAGAUACGUGACUGGCAGAUACGUGAGUGGUUCACGCAGGGCUUCGUGGACGUGCGUGAGCGUGAGCGUCGCCACCGCCGGGGCUCAAUGGAGCAAGGCAAGCAACUCAUGAACCUCCAUAACAACGAGGCGGGACGCAGGGCGGUGUUCCGCAAGACGCGCGUCACGUGCAAGUGUCACGGCGUGUCCGGGUCGUGCUCCCUCAUCACUUGUUGGCAGCAGCUCGCGCCCUUCAGAGAAGUCGGUGACCUGCUGAAGGAGAAGUACGACGGCGCCACGGAGGUGAUGAUCAACAGGCGCGGGAAGCUGCAGGUUCGCUACGCGCAGUUCAACGUCCCCACCGCCGAGGACAUCAUCUACAUGGCAGAGUCACCCAACUACUGCAAGCCCAACGCUACUGUGGGCUCUGUGGGCACGACGGGUCGGCCGUGCAACAGGACGUCGCAGGAUAUGGACGGGUGCGGGCUGCUGUGCUGUGGCCGCGGCUACAACGCACAGCGCGUCACACUCAAGGAGCGAUGUCACUGCAGGUUCCACUGGUGCUGCUAUGUUGAGUGUAAGACCUGCACCAGGCAGGUCGACCUGCACACCUGCAAGUAAUGGCCCGUAAACCUGCAAGUAAAGGGAUAAAACAACCCAGACCUGAAUAAUGGUUAGACCUGCUAAUAAGGGUUAGACCUGCUAAUAAGGGUUAGACCUGCUAAUAAGGGUUAGACCUGCUAAUAAGGGUUAGACCUGCUAAUAAGGGUUAGACCUGCACCGACUCGUAUUUCAUGAACCUACGCGAUGAAAUCACACCUGCAGAGAACGCGCACCAGCACACCAGCAAAUAUCGUCCUCAGAUGGGAAUGGGAUGGUGGCGGGGCCGCUGGAUGACCUUGUGAAGAAACUCAUUUAAAACUAGCUUCGAAUUAUGGAGCGUUCAUGAUUUUAAAUGACUAUAGCUCCCCAAAAUGUUUUCGUAAAAGUUCAUUUUAGAUUACCGGUAUAUUUUCGUUCUGCUCGUGAAAAAAUAUAAUGAGUUGAAAUUUGAAAUUAUGAAGCCUUUUUGGCGAUGUCACUGAAAUGAUCAUGUACGCAUUACACGUUGUGACAAGAAAACAUCCGUGGGCCGUCAUUGGUUAAUAUAGGUAAUGAAAAUGGAGACGCUGAAUUAUAAUGAAAAUGAGGUCGAUUCCGAUUACCGCGCAGGAAUAUUGAAGAUCACAUUUGUACUUACAAUCAUACUAAAUUAUUUGUGUGAGGAAUCAAAAAUAUUUGUUUACCAUCACUUUCAAUCCCGGGAAAUUCCUGAAAUUCAUCAUCUGCUUCACUGAUCUUAACGAUUCAUAUUCAGCGAACUGACGCCACAAGUGACAUGAAUAGAAUACGUUGACAUGAAUACGUUGCGCCGUAUUCAUGUCGGGGAAACGGUUUUCCUUCCUAGGAAGCAAAUAUAUAUAGUAUGCUUUUAUAAGAUAUUUAUAAAAAUCUAUGUUAGUUUUAGGGUCGUACGAUUGUGUAGUUUUAAGAUUAUGAGAUAUGGUCAGUUUCUGCUUUUAGAUUCCCUUGACAAUAACAAAACUGUCCAGUAUAUUUACAAUUUAAUCAUCGGCACAAAACCGACUCUCUGGUGUAAACAUCGAUCUUGACAUCAUCAGUGGUGCUGGUGAUGCCAUGGACGAAUGGUUAUCUUGCACCAUCAAACGUGUGGCAUCAUACCGUAUGUCUGUCUGCCUCUGCCACUAUCGCGAGUCGAGAAUUAUAUUGACGGCCACUGCAAAUCUAAAUUGCUAACCGCCACUAUUUACCGUGCUAUUGGCCUCGUGUACAGGAGAGGUACUGACUACGGAAGGAUCCAGUAACCCUUAAUAUGAGGCCCAAAAACAUGAAAAUUUGUGGCGGUUAGACUUGGAAAGUUGCACUGGUCGCCACUACUGUUCCGUGUUCAAGAACUUUAAAAUAUACCACGCAAGCGCGCAUUUUCCGCUUAUUAGUUGCAGUGCGAUGUCUUUUUCGCUACCCAGUUUCUUCAAUGAUGACACAGUUGACCGAAGCCAAGCAUGACCAGAAACUAACUUCUGUUGCGUAGCGUAGGUUUUGUUACUUGCGCAUCAUUGCUGGAAAUUUCGAUGAUCAGGAUACUCCUUCCUGCAGAAACGAAAUAAAAUUGUUUGUGGUAUCAGAAACAUUCCCAGAGAAUUCAACAUUUAUUCAUCGCUUGAAACUCCUCCUCGGGAACUAUUACUUCUCAGUUUCUUUGUGGUAUUCCUACACAUUUACAUCGCGCUGGACUGUCAAUAAUAACGGCAAUAAUCCUCUUUUAUGUAGUGCAUCUGCAUCUUUUACGUAGUGAAUAUUAUCUAUAGUUAAUAUAAAAGUUUCCAACAAUAGCUUUGAGCAGGAUAUUUUAGCCCAUAUUUCCUGUGGUCUGUGCAGCGUCCACUGAAAGCAGACAAACUGGGCAUUUAGAUAAUAUAUCUUUAUGUUUACUUUAAGGUAAUUUAGAUAAUCUUCAAUGUCUUAUAAUAAGAAGUGUAAAACUUAUUCGUGUAUAAAUACGUGUACAUAAAUGAGGCAGUAUUUGUACGAGUUGCUGCCGUAGCUUGUGUGAUGUAAGUUUCUGACGCUGCUUUCUUAACCGCGACUUUAGCGCAUGAAAUUGAAAACGUUCGGUGUACGAAUUUGGGGCCGUGCAUGCAAAAAUAAAUUAAAGUUUGUAACUUCAUCAGCCAAUUACUGACGAGAAAUUGGCCGCUACGUUUACUUAGGCCGCUACGCGUACGUAAGCGAGUUUCUAUAGUACGGCCCCGUGGAAAAAUUCUGAUCUUUUAGAAGAAACUUGUCUUUAAAAGGUAAAACUUUCAUAUUAACAUCUUUGACGGAUAAUAUCUGAUGCAGUUAACUCUAAUGUAGUGUUACACUUGAUCCUCUACCUCAGAAAUUACCUCGUUUCUUCUAUAAUAAAAUAAGAUCUUGUAAAUUGAUAAUUUAUUACAUCUUUGAUAAUUGUUUAAGGCAGGUGAAUCCUAUUACCAUGACCACGGUGGUAUUUGCGUGCGUACGUAUCACAAUUACAUACAAAACUCAUUGCAGGUCAUUUUAAUUUCUACUCUAGUUGCGCUGAAAAAAAAGUUCGACAGCGUAUGAGGGAAAAAGUCUACAUGUCAAUUUCUCGCGUUUGUAGAGUUCGUAGUUUAGUCGAAGAAUGUCUCGCUCUCCGAGUGACCAUCCCUUGCUUACAUUCGUCCAAAUCUAUUCUUAGAAAUUAAAUAAAUAUCUCUUACUGACCAUAAUUCUAUUGCAAAAUGAGCUUCGUAAGUUCUCAUUCCGUUUGAUUAUAUUUUUGGUUCCUGGAGAUUCAGGAAUAUCGUUAAUCAUUAUUUGUAGACUACGUAGAAUGUUACCUGUUCCAUUUCGUUGCGUAAAUUUUGAAAUAAAUGUUUUUUUAUCGCUGUCGAACGCAUGUUUAUGAUAUAAGUUUUAUGAAUAACCAAUGACGGAAUAAGAAGCGAACGUUUCCAUACCGAAAUUCUUUAAUAUUUAUUAAAAACAAUAUAAUUUUUCUUCCGAAUAUUUCUUAUUUUGUGUUUUACUUGUUAGAUUUAUAGAUCUAUGUAAAUUUGGCUCGGUCUUACUGUGCAAGUGUUAAACACGUCAUUCGAACGAUCGAAGGUUGUGAGGAGAAUGUAUAUACCUUUUAUCUUCAGCUCCAUCAACCUUUUUUCUUAUCCGAAUCAUUUCGAAUAAGGCAAAAAUGCUAUUCACUUCAAGCCAACAUCAUUGACAUGUUAGCGACAGGACUCUCAGGCUUGUGCGUCAAUAUAAUCCACGUCUUAUAUCUAUAACUUUCAUCGCAAAAUGAAAUUUAAAUGCGUUCAUCUGAACUUAUCAGUUUUCGUCACUCUACUGCGCUAUACUGCAGCAAGAUGUGAAAAAUAUAAGAUGAUGUAUUAGCGAUGUUAGCGUUAAUUAAGCCGUUAGAGCUGUCGCCGAUUUUUAACGCCGCCGAACAUUCACAGCUUGCUGCGAGUCUCGAACACACAACCCACUGCUCUAUUUUGCUGUACGCAAUCGCCUGGCCACCUCACUGAUUUUGACCAGAACUGUUGUAGGUAACUGGGAUAGAUCCCACGACUCUGUGCCUGAUCGUCCUAUUUGAAAACUAUGAAAUUUGUUCACAUAUUGUUGCAGUGAACAGUAGGGCAUUCUUUGGAUAUCGUCUAACUAUUGGAUGCUUGUAGGAAAUAUUGUGCGUUCACCCGACAACCUUCCGUCUGAGAAUGAACGUUGCACUUGCAACUAGAUUAGUCAAAUGUUCGUGUUUUUAGCCUAGAAUUUAAUUAGGUGUCUGUAAGUUUCAAUAGGUUCUAUUAUGUCGAUAAUGAAAUGGUUUUAGUAAUAAAAAUGUGCAUUGC